AUGAAGAUUUUGUUGAUCACAUUAAGUCUUUUGGCUUUAGUCACUUCAACUACAACAGUACCCGUGUCAUCAGUAUAUCAAUGCUCAUGCACAAAUGCUAUGACUUAGACAGAUUGUCUAACAGAUUAUUGUAAUUGGGAUUCUACCUCAGGAACUUGUUCAAACAAAGCUUGCACAGUAUUCAGCAAGGAAGAUUGUGAAGGUGUUCCAGAUACAUUUGGUUGUAUUUGGAAUUACACUUCAAAUAAAUGUGAAGGUUUCACCAAAUGUUCUGAUUAUACUUUCACAAUUGGAAAUGCAGGGGAUUGCAAUGAUAAACUGAUUAAAUGUUAAGCUGAUCUUAAUACUAUUGACAGUACAACAGGAACCAUUAAGUGUAAAAAUAGAACUUAAGAUGCAAUUUUAAGUAUUGAUGAUUGUAACUUAUUACCAUAUGCUAAUUGCUUUUGGUAUUUAACACCUGAUGGUAAAUAAUGUUUAUAGAAUACUACAACAAAUAAAUGUGAAGCCAAAUCUAUUACUAAAUGUUCUGAUUAUACUAAAGAUAACUGCAAUAUUUUAGCUUGCUAUCUGAAUGGAGAUGUGUGUACUGAAUUGACAUGUGCAAUCAUACCAGAAGAUUAAUGUUUUGUAUAUUUUUCUUAUGACUCUAAAUCAAUGAUAUUUUGCUCUUGGAAUGGAAGUGCUUGUGUUGAUUUAAAUGUGUCAACUUUAACUUAAGAAAAAUGUUUAGACUCCACAUAUUUUACAUAUGGAUGGAAUCCAGAUUCAAAACAAUGCGAGAUAUGUGUAACAGACCCAGAUUAAGAUUCUAGUACAAAUAUCAUUCUAUAUGGAUCUAUUCUUAUGGCAAUAGUAUUUUUAUCAUGA